AUGGACUUCGGAGAUCUCAAGACACCUGUGGGCCUGCAACACCUCAAUGACUUCCUAGCAGACAAGAGCUACAUCAAAGGGUUUGUGCCAUUCCAAGCUGACAUUGCCGUAUUUUUAUUACAAUUUGAAGCUGUCUCAGGGCCCCCACCUGCCGACCUGUACCAUGCGCUCCAUAGGUAUAACCACAUCAAGUCCUAUGAGAAACAAAAGGUAAGCUUGCCAGGAAUAAAGAAGGUUUUGGGCAAGCAUGGACCUGCUGAUGUAGAAGAUAACACUGAAAGUGGAGCUACAGAUAGCAAAGAUGAUGAUGACAUUGAUCUCUUUGGGUUUGAUGAGGAGGAGGAAAGUGAAGAAGCAAAGAAACUAAGAGAAGAACGCCUUGCUCAGUAUGAAUCAAAGAAAUCAAAAAAACCUGCAAUUGUUGCCAAGUCUUCUAUCUUACUGGAUGUAAAACAUUGGGAUGAUAAGACAGAUGUGGCAAAAUUGGAAGAAUGUGUCAGAAGCAUUCAGGCAGAUUGCUUGGUCUGGGGAACUUCUAAACUAGUUCCAGUGGGAUAUGGCAUCAAGAAGCUUCAGAUACAAUGUGUAGCUGAAGAUGAUAAAGUUGGGACAGAUAUGCUCGAGGAACGGAUAACUGCCUUUGAAGACUAUGUGCAAUCUAUGGAUGUUGAUGCCUUCAAUAAGAUCUAA